AUGUCACUUUUACAAGCUAUUCAAGCAAUUUCCUUUCUCUCGAAAAAGGUUCUCUCAACCAUCAUCUUCUUCAAAGAUCUCAUCAUGUUUGCGUUUGCUCCUAAUGCCAAUGUCAUCAAAGGUCCCCAUGCCCAUGAUUCCCCUAUUAUUGUUCAAGCAAACAAUGUGGCCUUCUCUAAUGUCAUCCCAAAACAGUUUGUGAACUCAAGAAUUAAAGAUUUCAUCAACUAUGUCAAGAGUUGCCAUCUUCGAUAUGCUUUCUGUAAUUUCCCAGUCCUAUUCUACCAUAAGCAAGUUUGGUAUAUUGAUAACCAUGGGAUCAUCAUUCCAAUUCAUUCCUUGUCCUCAAAUAUCAUUAAUGUUGCUGCUGUUGAUGGAGAAAAUAAUAUUACUCAACGAAUGGAUAAUUGGAUUCCAAGCCCCUAUACUGUUGAAUACUCUGAUUCUAAAGAAGAUAACAAUGAUGCUGAUGAAGAAGACGUUGAUGAUGAAGAAGAUGAAUUGGUUAUUGAUAGGGGAGAAUACCUUGAUCAGGGAAUGAACUCUAGUCGAAGAUUGAACAAGCACAUUAGAUUCUCAUCUACUUCUUCAUCCACUCCCUCUGCAGUUGAUGUUAUAUAA